UUCAUGAAGGUGUAGUAGAAAGUGAUAGUGCAAAAGCAGAAAAAAGGGAUCCUCUUGCUCUGCGUGUGCUUGUCGUCGUUAACUGAAAGGAUUCCGAAAAAAAAUCCUUGUUCCGUAAAAACAUUUCGUUCAUCUUGUUUUACCCGUUCACGAAAGUGCCCAACACUGGCAGCUGGAAAUAAUAGUAGCCUCAACUAGCAGCCAAUUAAGGUGUAGAUAAACAAAAAAGGCAUUGCAACUUGCCAAGAGAAAAAUUCGUCAUUCUGAUCCUGCUAGCCGUGUGUGUGUCGUAUUCCGGGAGCCAAACAGAUUACCAAAACUAGAAAAUGUUAGCCCUAAUCAACCGGAUUCUGGACUGGUUCAAGAGCCUGUUCUGGAAGGAGGAAAUGGAACUAACGCUGGUUGGACUGCAGUACUCGGGGAAGACGACCUUUGUCAACGUAAUUGCUUCCGGUCAGUUCUGCGAAGACAUGAUCCCGACGGUCGGAUUUAACAUGCGCAAAGUGACCAAGGGUAACGUGACUAUCAAGGUGUGGGACAUCGGAGGCCAGCCGCGAUUCCGAUCUAUGUGGGAACGAUACUGUCGCGGGGUGAACGCCAUUGUCUACAUGGUUGACGCAGCCGAUUUGGACAAGAUGGAAGCAUCCAGGAAUGAGCUUCAUUCGCUACUGGAUAAGCCGCAACUGGCCGGCAUACCGGUGCUGGUGCUAGGAAACAAACGAGACAUUGCCGGUGCAUUGGAUGAGACUGGACUGAUUGAGAGAAUGAACCUAUCCAGCAUACAAGAUCGUGAAAUUUGUUGCUAUAGCAUCUCUUGUAAAGAGAAAGACAAUAUCGAUAUAACCCUACAGUGGCUAAUUGCCCACUCCAAGAGCCAAAGUCGUUAAGUGAAAAACUGUUGAAUCAGACUCCGAUUUAUCGAUUCGUUUCGGUCUGUAAUAUUUAAGUAACAAUUAUGAAUAAAGUAGAAACAGACAGAUAGAGUAACAAAACAAUGAUAAACAAAUGUUAAGGUCUUCGAUUUGCUCCAGAUUUUAGCUAGCAUUCGAUUCUGAAUCUCAACGGUCGUUCGCAAUUCAAUUGUAAUGCCUAAAAUUGUUGCGCAUCAAGAUCGAAGGGGAACAAACGAAACAACAACAGAAUUAUUGGAGGGUUCAUCGUCGUAUUAGCAGAACACAAAACUUGGAAACGAGUAUCGUUCGGUGGUGUCUUGAUUUUGAUUUUAACAUUAACGUUACGAUUUACGAUAAGCUCUUCUAUUAGUAAAAGAAAAACAAAACAGAACAAACAACCGAUUCAAUAGAAAACAUGAAUUCUUGGUCAAAAUGUCAACCAGAAAACAAUCAUCCUUAACAAAUUUGUUGAACAAACAUCGUAGAGAGCGUAAAAAUUCCUCAGAAUCGCUUAGAUCAGCAUAAAUAUGAAAUUUUAUUAUUGAGAGUAUGCUUUUAGUAAGCAGUUGUUAAUUACAUUUUGUGCGUACGAGGUUAAAUGAUGCUUUUACAAUUGGACUUCAAAUCUAACGAAUGGCGGAAACCCUGUAUGUGUGAUAUAUGAGUGAAUUGAACUUUUAUUGAUAGCAAGAAUAUCCAGAUUACAGUUGAACAUUUGAAUAUUUGAUGAAAUAACCAACAUCAUUGUAGCGCUAGUGGUAUUUUCAAUGUUAAUAAGAAAGCACAGAUAUCGAUUUUUAAGUUGUACACAUAAACAUAUUUUUUAUUUCUUUUAAUCUUUUGAUCAAGAACUGUGUUCCAUUUUAUCCUAUAGGUUUCGUGCAGUGAUAUAAGUUGCCUAAUGAUAGGAAAUUUGAACACAUGAAUAAUAAAAGCUAAUGAUGCGGAUGAAGAGAGUCCAUUAGAAUCAGUAUGCUAAUUUAAGAUGCCAUUGUUGAGGUCCGUUUCUCGGUCUAUCGGUUCAUUUUUUCUUUGCAGCUUCAGAAAUCGGUCUGUUUUUUUUUUCAUUUCUGUCAGCGAUCUAAAAAUCAAAAUUACUGGUCAUCCUAGUUUAUGUAGGUUCAUAAUAACUUUGUUAGCGUCUAGCGAAUGUAAAAGUAAGCAUUCUAAAGCGAAUAAGUUAAUAAUCAUUAUGACAACAAAACAAAUAAAUAUAGUUAGUAGGUGAAAAGAAACAAAAGGGAAGAAAAUACAAACCGAAAUAUGAAUAAUGAUCAAUUGAUUAAAACUUGUACUGUAUAUAACGACAACAUAUAAUAAUAAUAAUAAUAAAAUAUUAUGAUUAUCACA